AUGGCUUUUGAUCACCAAUACUUUCUUACACUACUACUUGCUAUUGUUGUCCUCAUCACGGCGGCCCGGUUAUCCAAUGCGGAUCAGUGGCCACCCGGCCCGGGUUACUACCCGAGUUCCCGGUUUAGGUCCAUGAGCUUCUAUCAAGGCUAUAGGAGUUUAUGGGGUGCCAAUCAUCAAAGUGUGGAUAACAAUGGUAUCAAUAUUUGGCUUGAUCAAAACUCAGGAAGCGGGUUCAAGUCGGUGAAGCCGUUCCGGUCCGGGUAUUUCGGUGCAUCCAUUAAGCUUCAACCCGGUUACACUGCUGGAGUUAUUACAGCCUUUUAUCUAUCAAACAACGAGGCUCAUCCAGGGUACCACGAUGAGGUGGACAUCGAAUUUCUUGGGACAACAUUUGGAAAGCCAUACACACUUCAAACAAAUGUUUAUGUCCGAGGAAGUGGGGACGGUAGGAUUAUUGGGAGAGAGAUGAAAUUUCACCUAUGGUUCGAUCCAACUCAGAAUUUUCAUCACUAUGCAAUUUUGUGGAGCCCCAAAGAGAUUAUAUUCUUUGUUGAUGAUGUGCCCAUAAGACGGUAUCCAAGGAAAAGUGUGGCAACAUUUCCCUUGAGACCAAUGUGGGUUUACGGGUCGAUUUGGGACGCCUCGUCGUGGGCCACAGACGACGGCAAGUACAAGGCCGAUUAUCGUUACCAACCGUUUGUCGGAAAAUUCACUAACUUCAAAGCAAGCGGUUGCUCCGCCUAUUCUUCUCCACGGUGCCGAGCGGUCUCCGCCUCUCCCUCACGAUCGGGCCGCCUCACGGGCCAACAAACGAGGGCCAUGCAGUGGGUGCAGAGCAACUACAUGGUCUACGAUUAUUGUCGGGACUAUAAAAGGGACCAUUCUUUAACUCCAGAAUGCUGGCGUUGA